UAGCUUUGUUACACAAUUUAUUUAUGCAUGGUGAUAAACAGCGUGUAACCAUAGACAAACUUAUGCAUGCAAAAAAUAAUUUGCUUACUUGUCAACUCAUACAAUGUCAAGACAAUAUGCGUCAAGUUGCCUUUUGUAAGGUUGCCCUAUGCAGAUGCACUUCGGAUCAGCUGUCAAAAUCAUUCGGUAAAGGCUUCCAACAACCUAAGCCAUUUGACAAGAUAGUUAUCUUAGACCACAAAAAGAGAAAUGGUGGUUCGAUUCCACCUUUUAGUGAGAAAAAAUAUUGGUGGUUUGAUCCCACCUUUGUGAAAAAUAAAAUAGGCUGGUGGUUCGAUCCACCUAUUAGUGAAAAAAAUAUUGAUGGUGGUUCGAUCCCACCUACUAGUGAAAAAAAUAUUGAUGGUGGUUCGAUCCCACCUUUUAGUAAAAAAAAAUGCGAUCCGCUAUCAAUAAAGUUACAACCUCAAAAACGAAAUAGUCUGGAACUUUCAAGAUAUCAAACAUUAAUUAGUCAAAGAAAUGAAAUAUGA